AGUAAGGACAACAAAGCUUUGGGCCAAGCAAAAGAGACAGACAUACAACCCCCAGAAGGGUGCAAAUGGAUAGAGACUGCUGAGAUCUGGUGAAAUAAACUUUUAAUGAAGAAGAAUAAUGAACAAAACUGGAUGCAAAAGGCAUGUCCAGUAGAAGAGGGACCUUGAGUAGAUCUUUGGAAAGAUGUCCUUGAUAGGACCAGCUUGGCCAGGUCUUUGACCAGACUAUCGUGUAAGCCAAUAACCCCUGAGAGAUAACAUUAUCAGUAGCUAUUGAGUGACGGCCUUAUCUUCUCCACGCGAGGAAUGCCCAGGCUUUAUAUAAGGAGCAGUUAUCUGCAUCCGAGCUCCUUCUCCUCUGCCUGGCACCUCUCUGGGAUGGCAUGGUGGCGCUCUCGGCGGGACCUACGGAGCUGUCUGAGGCUCAGGAACCCCCUGGCACGGGAAUGUCUCGCUGAGUUCCUCGGGGUGUUUGUGCUGCUUUUAAUCACAGUCGCAGCCACUGCUCAAGGGGUCACCAGCAAUGAGACCAGGGGCAACUUCUUCUGUAUGUACCUGGCAGGGGCAAUUGCUGUCGUUCUGGCCAUAUACAUAUCUGGGGGAGUGUCAGGAGGACACCUGAACCCCGCCUACUCCCUCAGCAUGUGUAUCCUGGGGCGCUUCCCGUGGUGGAAACUUCCUCUCUACGCUCUCAUCCAGCUGGUGGGCUCAUUCGCUGGGGCGGCAGCUGCCUUUGCUUUGUAUUAUGAUGCCAUCCGAGACUACACUAAAGGAAACCUGACCGUCUUUGGACCUAGAGAGACUGCGUCAAUUUUUAGCUCUUACCCGGCCCCAUACCUGAGCAUUGGCAACGGCUUCCUAGACCAGGUGAUGGGAACGGCCAUGCUAAUGGUUGGCAUCUUGGCUAUCGUGGACUCCAAGAACAAACCGGUUCCACGGGGCCUGGAACCUAUCGUGGUGGGAAUGCUUGUCUUCUGCAUUGGGCUGUCGAUGGGCGCAAACUGCGGAUACCCCAUCAAUCCUACACGGGACUUGGGGCCCCGACUUUUCACUGCUGUGGCAGGUUGGGGGUUAGAUGUCUUCAGAGCUGGUAACAACUGGUGGUGGGUUCCGGUGGUGGCACCCUGUGUUGGCGCUGUUCUGGGAUCGAUUUUGUACCAGAUUCUUGUGGAAAUACAUCAUCCAUUGGCUGAGAGCGAAGAGGAGCCCCCCAAGGAGAAGGAAGCCCUACAGGAAGACACAAAGGAGGUGCAAGUGUUCUCCAUCAACCUGGAUCAUUCACUCUCCCACCGCCUGUGAAUGGGACUCAGUCCAACUAUGGAUAUACUGACUGUAUGAAACUGAGGCAGAUUUAAUUACCCCUUGGUACCCCCUAAUUUAUUUCCUUCCUUUGCACCCCAGGAAUCUGCUCACUAGAACUAAACUCUUUCCUAAAUUGCACGGAAUGUCCUGAAGCACAAACCAUUGGAGACCCCAGUAAGCAAUAAAGUGUUUAUUGCCACA